AUGGAAUCAUUUGACUUUUCCAAAGGGGCAUUAAGAGACGUGUUUUCUGUAUCCAAGAGUGACAGUGUGGUGGGACCAUUAACAUGUUUAGUUAAAUAUAUUAAACCAAUUCAAGUCGAAAAUGAACUUAAAAGAUAUCGAUUAAUUUUAGCAGAUGGAGAAUAUUCAUGUCAUAGUUUAGUUGAUGAGAAAACUGUACCAUAUCUUUCAAAUAAUGGAUUUGCCAGAAAUUCCGUUCUUAAAAUUAAAGAAUAUAGUGUUUUCAGUACUAUAAAGAAACUUAUAUUUUUAAUUAACGAUGUAGAAAUUAUUGGUCAAGUAUCUCCUUCUCCUGAUAAUAUUAAACUUAUAAGUAUCGAUCAAUAUUUUCAAGAAAAUCCUGAAGAAGAUAAAUUACAUUUUAAUCGUAAUUUAUCUCCUGCUCCAGUAUCUACACCAAUUCCAAAUAAUACUGUUUCAAAACCAACUACCAGUACUUCAAGUGCAGGUUCAACUUCUAGUUCAGGACUUAGUGAUGAAAAAGUCGUGCCAAUUGACAAUAUCUCUCCUUAUAGAAAUUUCUGGACUAUUAAGGCUAGAGUAUCAUAUAAGGGAGAUCUUAGAACUUGGCAAAAUAAGAAUAAUGAAGGUAAAUUAUUUUCAGUAAAUUUCUUAGAUGAAUCAGACGAAAUUAAAGCUUCAGCUUUUAAUGAUGAUGCAGAAAAUGCUCAUAAAAUUUUAGAAGAAGGUAAAGUUUAUUAUAUUAGUAAUGCUAAAGUUAGAGCUAAAAAUGCUAAAUUUAAUCAUUUACCAAAUCCUUAUGAAUUAAUUUUAGAUAAAGGUACUAAAAUUCAAGAAUGUUAUGAUACAUCUAAUGUACCAAAAUUAUCAUUUAAAUUUGUAAAAUUAGAUAAAGUACAAAAUUUAGAUUCCAAUUCAAUUGUUGAUGUUAUUGGAGCAUUAAAAACUGUUCUGGAAGCUUAUCAAAUUACAGCUAGAACUACUGGUAAAGCCUUUGAUAGAAGAAAUGUAACUAUUGUAGAUGAAACUGGUUAUGCUAUUGAAGUUGGAUUAUGGAAUUCACUUGCAGUAAAUUUCAAUAUACCAGAAGGUUCAAUUAUUGCCUUUAAAGGAGUUAAAGUUCAAGAAUUUAAUGGAAAAUCAUUAACUUUAACUCAAUCUGGAUCAGUAGUUCCAAGUCCAGAUGUACCAGAAGCUUAUCAAUUAAAAGGUUGGUACGAUCACGAGGGUGUUAAUAAGGAUUUUGCAACUUUAAAAGUUGAAUCAUCAAGUUCUUCAUCAAAUUUCUUUAAUAGAAGAAUUACUAUUGAACAAGCACAAAAUGAUAAUUUAGGUAAAUCUGAUAAACCUGAUUAUUUCACGGUUAAGGCUUCAGUAAGUUUCCCUAAACAAGAUACUUUCAGUUAUCCUGCUUGUAAUAAUCAAGUUCAACUUCAAGAUUCUACAAGACCUGCUACUUCAUGUAAUAGAAAAAUGAUAGAACAACCAGAUGGUACUUGGAGAUGUGAAAGAUGUGAUAUCACUGCCAAUGAACCAACCUAUCGUUAUAUUUUGAAUUGUGCUAUUAUGGACAGUACUAAUCAAAUAUGGAUUACAUUAUUUGAUGCUGAAGCUGCUAAAAUUUUAGGAAUUUCAGCUGGUGAAUUAUUAAAAUUACAAAGAUUAAAGGAAUCUGAUGAACUGAAUACUGAAUUCGUUGAUGUAUUCCAUAAUAUUUUAUUUAAAGAAUUUAAUUUCAGAAUUAAAGCCAAACAAGAUACUUAUAAUGAUGCUGUUAGAGUAAGGUAUCAAUGUGCUGGUGUUGAUCCUAUUGAUUUUAAAGCUGAAGCUGAAUAUUUGGCUCUGCAAUUGGAAACUCUUCUUAAGUAAUUCUUCUCAUUUUGUUUUCUUUCUCUUUAUGUUUACUUAUCUAUUUAGGGCUCGUUAAUUUAUAUAUUGAAUUAAACUAUAACUUUAUAAUUA